AUGCACAUACUUUUCAGGAUAAGUACGUGCGUGUUUCCGCGAGUGGCAUCGCGGAAGCGUGCUUGCAAGCUAAGCGCCUCGAUCCAAUGGUGGUGCUUGCAGCAAGGAAACGGUUGGACUCAUGAGGUGCGUGCUCAGGAAGUGUCGCUGUAUAGCAUGCACAGCGCCCACUAUACCAAAAGAGCAGCGAAUGACAGAAACCGGGUGCAACGCUCACUCCUCUGGAACUCGGAAGCAUUUCGCAGAUCGCCUUUUCAGCGCGGUUGCCGGGUCCACGCGGGUUCACCAAGAGCACACGCACCGGAAGAGAAGCUCCGACGCCCUGCCGACGCGCCAGCUCCAGCAUCCAAGACACUUGCCGAGCGCUGGCUGCUACUCCGACAGCGCUCGUCGGAGAAGGUAAUGCGCGGGCUUCGCAGCCUCGGCCUCAUUUCCGAGUCGGAAUCGACAUCAACGUCGUCGAAGCUUCUCCACAGCAACGCCGAUAUGGCUGGACUCGAGGGCGUCAAACCUGCCUCUUUUCGCGGCGUUGGGCGCAUACUCAGCAGGUACGCGUGGCCUCGCGACAAUCCAGUUCUGCGUCGACGCGUAGCGAUAGCCGUUUCGCUACUAUUCGUCUCCAAAAUCCUUCUCGUGCAGGUUCCUGUGACAUUCAAGAUCGCAGUCGAUAUGCUAUCGAAAGCGGUUGAUCCCGCCGCAGCGUACGCGAGCACCUGGCCCGUCCUGAUACUUCUCGCCUAUGGACUAGCUCGUGGUGCAGCAUCACUGACAAAUGAGCUCCGCAAUGCCAUUUUUGCAACAGUGAGUCAGCGAGCGAUCUCUGAUUUGGCGCUGACGACUUUUCGCCGAAUUCUGGACCUCGAUCUGAGCUAUCACUCGUCACGAAAAACUGGUGCGCUUGCGCGUACCAUUGACCGGGGCAUGCGUGGUAUCGACUUUCUCAUGCGGGCGAUUGUCUUCAAUAUCCUGCCGACGAUUCUCGAGGUUGGUCUGGUCUGCGGUAUGCUCGCCUAUAGCUGCGGCGAGCGCUAUGCCAUUAUUGCCGGUGGAGCGCUCACGGCCUAUACGAUCUUCACGCUGGUGGUGACGCAGUGGCGAACGCAGUUCCGCAAGAGCAUGAAUAUUGCUGAGAACGCGGCGAGCAAUAAGGCCACUGAUAGCCUCAUGAACUACGAAACAGUCAAGUAUUUUAAUAACGAGUCCGUGGAAGCAGAUCAAUAUGCAGCUUUUCUUGAAAAAUACGGACGCGAGAAUGUGAAAACGCAGGUGUCCCUCUCGGUGUUGAACUUUGGGCAGAACGCGAUCUUUACCGUAGCUAUGGCUGCGAUGAUGGUCAUGGCGGCUCGCGAAGUCAUGCAGGGCCAACUCACUGUCGGUGAUAUUGUGUUGGUGAAUGGGCUCCUCUUCCAAAUGUCGAUGCCGCUGAACUUUUUGGGCACAGUAUACCGGGAGGUUCGCCAAAGCCUAACGGAUAUGGAGAUGAUGUUUGGUGUGAUGCAGCUGCGUCCGCGCGUCGUCGAGCUCGCGUCGGCGCUGCCGCUCUUCCUCGAGCGCGACGCUAGCAUCGCUUUUAGGGGAGUGAGUUUCGCGUACCCGUCUUGGGCAGACCCACCGAGCACUGGUAGCACCGCUAGCCAUCAGAUCCUCCGGGAGAUCUCAUUCGAUGUGCCGCACGGGAAGAAAGUGGCGAUCAUCGGACCCAGCGGCUGUGGAAAAUCCACCAUCAUCAAACUCCUCUUCCGCUUCUAUGAUCCUGAUCAAGGCUCGAUCUACAUCGGGGGACAAGAUAUCAAACGGGUGCAACUCGCUUCGCUCCGAAGAGCCAUAUCCUGCAUCCCUCAGGAUAUCGUACUCUUCAACAACACCAUCGAAUACAACAUUCGUUACGGGCGCAUCGAUGCAACAAAGGAGGAAAUUGAGGCCGCGGCCAAAGCAGCCUACAUCCACGACACAAUCGUGGAGCAUUUCCCACACGGCUACGAAACCAUGGUCGGUGAGCGUGGCAUUAUGCUCAGUGGCGGCGAAAAGCAACGUAUCGCUAUCGCGCGCGCCAUUCUGAAGAACUCGCCCAUUCUCGUGUGCGAUGAAAUGUCGUCUGCCUUGGACUCGUCCACCGAACUGCUCAUUCGUCAUGCUAUUCAGCAGGUAGCCUCGAACCGCACAUCUAUUUUCAUUGCACACCGUCUCUCUUCGAUUAGCGAUGCAGAUGAAAUCCUCGUGAUGAACGAUGGCUGCAUUAUUGAACGAGGCCAGCAUCAGAGUCUUUUGCGGGAAGGCAACACGGUGUACGCCCAGAUGUGGCGAGCGCAGCAGUCUGAGGCGGCUGUGUCCCAGGACGCCAGUCUUGCGGAAAACAUCCCAUGA